AUAUUUAUUUUAUGGAUAUGAUUUUUCUUAUGGAACGUGAUUCUGAAUUUCCCAGCGUAUUUGUGUGUGUACAAAAUUAUGAAUCUUGGAUGAUUAUUGAAUAUUAUACUGUUGAUAUUUAUGCGUGUGGGUUACUUUAUUUUUUCUUGCUGAGAAGAUUAUUUUUUGAUUUGAUUUUAUUGCAUUCUUCCUUUUUUUUUUCUGCCAAUCUCAAGCUUUUUGUUUUUUAUUGAUUUCUUGUAAAUUUUCUUUAUGGGUAUCGUUUUCUUUUGAUGUGAUUGCGAAUUUAAACAUGUCUACUGUAUCUGAGAGUUUGUGUGCUAAAAAAAUUAUGAACCUCUAUUGACCAUGAACAUUACGCUGCUGAGAUUUAUGUACGAGGGUUAUUUUAGUUUGUUAUUGAAGAAAACGAACAGAAUAGGUUUAGGUUGAAUCUUAUACAAAUUUGGGCUGAAGAAGUGAUAAACAUGUCUUGGGCUUCUCGUUAUUGUGGAAAGUGUGUGCGAUUGGUAGCAUUCUUUUGGGUUAUCCUGUAAUUUGAUUUCAUUUGGUGCAUCUUGUCCAGUGGUAAAAUUUCCAUUGAUUUAUUUCGUGUUUUUAUCUAAAAUUGGAAGGAGUAGCAAGAAUGUACAUUGCAAUUUCCCAAAAGAAACAUCGUAAAGUAAAGGAAGUUGGAAAAUUUGAAAUGACUGUUGGAGCUAUUGCUUUCUACCAAUUGAUGCAAGUUUGUCAGGCUGAAUAUUUCCGUCAGUUGCUUAAACCUGUUACGUAGUCCUGUACGGUGAUAAGCUUGUAAGACUGGAAUUGGUGGCCUUUUCCUUUCUCUGUGUUGAAAUUUUUUGAAGUGGCAUUGAACGCAAAAACUAUUGAUUGGACUAGACAGCUCUCUUUCACUAAGCCGUAUACGCCUUAGGUGUACCACAAACAUCUUUUUUGUUAGUUUAUUCCCCUAAAACUUUUGGCAAUUUGAAAUCGAAGAGAACCCUUUUGAAAGCUGCAGAUUUGUAUAUCACUGAAGUUGUUUUCUGUUCCCAAUGCAUAGUGACGGAAAAUAUUUCCCUCAAAAUCCUGUCCUUCCUCUUCCCAAUCAAGUGGGCAGUUACUACAUGAGCAAAGCUCAUAUUCAAUCCAUUUUUGGUGGAACAAUUCUGCCCUCGGGUAUAAAACCUUCUAGGCCCUUCCAUGUUGUUGACUUUCUGACCUCUGAUGCAUGCCCGAGGAAUUUCGUAAUCUUUGACAAAACAAAAAAUAGAAGCCAAAUCAUGUUCCAUCCUGAGAUUGGUUCAAAGUAUCCUCAUCCUGAUUAUGGUGUUGGCAUGUCUAACUGCCUAGACAAUAUUGGUUGGAAGGACAAGGAAGACAGAGAAAUAACUUCUUUCACAGAAGAUUCAUAUGAUAUUGAUGCUCUAUUGAGCACAGAAUAUGAAAAUGAGGAGUAUGAUGAAGAUAAGCUGAGCACAGGACGAACCGAUGCAAACUAUGGAAGCGAAUCCUUGGAUUCAUGUUCUAAUUACGAAUCUCUGUCUAGAAAGAGGAGGUCACCUCCUUCCGAGAAGUCUUCUGAGGACAAGAAACGUCAGAAAAUGAGGAAAAUGGUGAAGGCAUUGAGAGGUAUUGUUCCGGGUGCCAACCAGAUGAGUACUGUAGCUGUUCUUGAUGAAGCUGUUAGGUACCUGAAGUCUCUCAGGGUAGAAGUGCAGGAGACGGGAGUUGGAAAUUUGACAAAAUAUGCUUGAAAAGUAUCCCCUACAGCAACAAAGAUUGUAGUUCACCAGAUCAGUUAUCCAUUGUCAGUUUCGUAAAGCCUUGAACUUUGAGAUGAUGUACCUGACAAAGUUUGGGAGCUCGUAGAUCCUCCUGAAGCCUCCCUCUCUCCGCCUCCCUCUCUCUCACUCUCUCCAAGUUUGUUACAAGAAGUUAUCUUGUAUCUGCAUGUCUGUUUGUAGUAAAAGUUCAAUAGUGCUAGGUUCCCGUGGACAUUCUGGCCUCAAUGGUCUUCUUUGUAGGUGAACAGAAUGAAUGGCAAAUGUCCCCCCGGGUAUUAUGUACUAUAGUUAAUUAGUAUUAGUCUUAAUCUGUUUCCAUUUGUGUACUAUCUCCAGUUUCUUACUUGGUUUGUAUUUAAUCUAUGUCGAACUCUAAAAAUAGUUGAGUAAUUGUGUUUUCUCUUUCCUUGCU